CUCUUCUUGUCUUGUCAUCUUCUUGGAACAUUCGGUCGAAGUCUUCUAGUAUCCUAUCAUUCUUGACAUCUAUUCUCUACGACGAAGUUCAAACUUUCUUCUAACCGAGCUGCAUGCCCACCAAUAACGUUCAAGCUCUCCUUUCCACAAAUAUCCCAGAUCCCAGCGAUUUCCCUAUGCCAGACUUGCGUCAAUUGGAUGCGAGCCUGCGGUGUACAAUUUGCGGCGAAUUAUAUGACGCACCCGUAACGCUUGCCUGCGGGCACUGCUUUUGCUCACUUUGUAUUCGUGAACACAUUGUCAAAGAAUCAGAGUGUCCAAGCUGCAGGAAGUUGACAAGUGAGGGACAAUUUAGGACAAAUCCAGUUCUUGAGGAAGCAGUGAGUGCAUGGAAAACUGCUCGCUCAACUAUCCUCCGGCUUUCCCGUGAAGAGCAAGACCGUGCUAGAAAGAGUCGAGAAGAGCAAACACCCCGCCGGUCAAAAACCCCAUUGACAAACGGUAUGAAGCGCAAGCGGCGUAUUAGCCUAGAGUCUUCCGACUCGGAUGUCGUUGUGGUUCCUGGUCCUUCCAAUUCAAGCCAGCUUACAUCUUCCCCGCUGCCCAGUAAGUCUAGGCGUUCAAGAAGGAAAGACAUGGAGCCUUCGUCGGAUCCACAAGAGGAAGAAAUGAUGCAAGGAGGUCAGAUGGUAAACUGUCCUAUCUGCAACGUGUCUAUUGUCAUGGAGUACAUCAACACGCAUAUAGACUCGGGAUGCCAGAAAAAAAUGUCUAAUACAUCCGGUGCUGCGACAUCAGACGCCAAAGGCCAGUGGACAAAUUUAUUUUCACGAAAAGGAAAAAGCAGGGAUAACGGGAUUGACGUGGACGAUGCAACGGAGCGCAUACCCAAAGCCUCCUAUGACGUAUUGAAGGACAAACAAAUCAAAGACUUGUUACACGCUCAUAAUUUACCCAUUCUCGGUGACCGAAAAAUGUGGAUUGCUCGACAUCAACGCUGGGUUAUGAUUUUCAACGCCAAUUUGGAUAAGUCUGGAUCUAACAGGAAGAACACGAAAGUAUUACGCGAUGAAUUGAAGACAUGGGAAGAUGGUAGAAAGCGAAGACAUCUUGUGGAUAAUACGGCAGCUCACAUAUUGAAUAAUCAAGGGGAGUUUACACGGCUGAUUGCCGAAGCUCGACAUAACAAGGCUAGGAAAGACUCCACCUCGACAAUCGUGCAGCAAAAUUCUCAUGGUGAUGACAUAGUUGUUUCAGAUUCUGAAGAAGAGGAUCAGCCCCUUUUGUAAGCCAACUAUCCCUAUCUAAAAUUUUGGCUUGGAUGUCACAGACAUGUAUUGUACGUUAUGAUCUGUUUAUGCUUUUCGGCAGGUAGCGAAUUGGAAGCGAACACACGAUGUGAGGACACCCUUCCAUUUUCCCGGCUACUACAGGAGCUGUGUGGGUAACGUGUAUUCGGUUUCGUUUGACCCUCAGAUUUGGUUCACAAUACCCUUUCCCACUGACCCUAGUUCAAGUGGUACACUCAUUGGCGUUGAACGGUUGUGUGG